UUACUUUGACUUUAAAAAGAAGUUAAAAACUAUGAACACGAUUUUUGUGAUGUAGCGUUAUAAAAUAAUUUUUAAAAAUAUUCCAAAAAAAAGGAAAAAGUUACAAAAAAGAAUUAACCGCAACUGAUAAUUAAUAUUGAUGUAAUAAAAUUACUAAUUUUCUAACUACACUUCUGUUGGUACUGUCUACGUUGGAUAAUGUCUGAUAAGAAAAAACCUCCAGCAGCUGGAGAUGCUCCUAUCGAUAAGAAUAAAAGUGAAAUAGUGAAAGGAAAAUCGAACAAAGAAGAGCCACCACCACCAGAACCAGAGGAAUUACAGAAGACUCCAUCGCAGAUAGCUAAAAAGGAAGCAGAAUAUCGAGCUGUAUUGAGGAAGCAAAGAUUCAAGCACCGAUGGCCGGAGAUUAGUAAAGUCAAAAUACGUACAAAACCUUGGUUCCCACCAUCUCCUCCCCAACGUAUACCUCCUAUAGUAAUACAAUGUCCAGAGAUUACGACUCGGCCAUGGGUACCACCUUACCGUCGCCGACGUCGCCCUCGUCCCAAGCGGCAGAGGAUACCUCCAGACGAAGUAACACAACCUUUGUACGAGUAUGCUAAAUUAAAAAAGAUCUGGCAUAAUUUUGGUCAAGUGGAAAAGAACAAGAUGAUACUACAAGGAAAUAUCGGAUGCAAUUCCAAAAAAUAUUCUUAUACUGCUUGUGGUGCUCAAACUGGCUGCAUAGCAGUCGUAUGUAGUGCACUUUUAGAAGAAAAGAACCCUAGACAGUUAGUUAAAGGAGAUGUAGACGAAGUGAUAGAAGCUGGAGACAGAUAUUAUAAGCAGUGCAUGCUGGCGCUCAAAUGUUACAAAGGAAAGCCUAAAUUACAACUAAACCAACUCCUCACGUCAUUCUUCUUUCACGAUAUCAAAUACACGGUGAAAAUGUUAGAGGUGGAAAAAGGAUUGCUUGCUAAACACCCUGAUAAUAUACAAACUGAACCUGACCUUAUGGCAUUGAUGGAAAAGAGAAUCGGUUCUACUUACAUGAUGAUUUUGACCUUGGGAGGUGACCGCCACUUCUUGAUAUGGGGCCACCCACCUCCACCCGAGUCAGGAAGUCAAGUGAAGACUGUCUGCUAUAUCUUUGAUCCUCACAUACUUAAUGAACUUGGACAACCUCAUAAAUUAUUCGGCGCUGGAGCGUUUCUCCGAUACGCAGGCAUCGCUUCCUUUGUUCUUGAUUUUCUUGCCAAUUAUGGAGAUCUGGAUGCUGCUAAAAAAGGCACUCCUAAACCACCGAUCAUUUUGACUAAUAUUGAGGUUGUUCAAAAAGAACCCUUGCUUAGAGAGCCUAAGUAUGAGCUCGAUCUGAAAGCGAUUAAGACUCACUGCCAAAGUGAAUGGGACAGCAUUAACAUCAAUGUUUUGAUAGAGAAGAAAGUCAAGGAGGGCCAGUAUCCACUAUGUUCUUUAAGUGCUGUGAGCUUGGCUACUUCAAGAGCAACAUCUAAAAAGAAAGUUAAGGACUUCUAUCAAAAAACUCCUAAAGAGCCCCCUCCGCAACUGCCACUCGCCCGUGAGCGAGCACCGCCAAAUCCAACCAUUGAUCAGUUAAUGGAACUCCGUGGCGAAGACUUCUUCCUCUACUGUCCUAAGACAGACGGACACACGUAUGGCAGAGAUGACAUGAUACCUCGCCCCAAAUCUGAGACAGUUCUACACAGCCCCGUAGAAAUAGCAAACCAAAAUUACCACUCGCAAUUCCAACAAGUUGACGUUGAGAAAUGGAUCCUGAGAGGAACCAGACAUAUGGGAAGUUACAGGUAUCAAACAUUCAAAACCUAUACAAGUAUUCCGUGUUGUGUGGCCGCUCUUGCAAUGCUGAGAAGGUUACGAGCUCGUGCCUGGAAUGAGGACACAUUGGAUGAGACCUUAGAUAUUGGGUACAACCUAUACAGGGAGUCUUUGGUUGAGCGGGGAGGUCCGAUCCGUCGACUUGUCCUCGGUGAAUUAAAGGACAAUUUUAGAAUACGCGACAGGGAAUAUACUCAUAAGUUACGAGGCAUAGCCGUGUGGGGGAAAUUGCUGUCGUCGAGUCCGAAGGUUUUAGGUCUCUACCGUGGUAUCGAGAGUUUCUUUAAAGAAUCGGACGCUGGUGUACUUCAGGUUCCAGGAGAAUACGAAACAGCUAUUUGGAAUGAAGGUGGCAGAUUCUACGUAUAUCACCCGUGGCCAGCAGACAGAUAUGGGCAUAGGGUUGGUCUUCGCGAAGGCGGAAAAGCCUGUCUUCUUUACUUUGGGCGCAUAUCUGGGUUAUGCGAGUACUUUAUGAAUAACGUAGCUGAUAUGAAAAGGAAGCCGUUCAGCAUAGCUGAUGUCCGUGUCUUUGAAAGAAAAGAAAUGCCUGAACCAUUGAAUAACCUCAAACCGGUGGCUCCGAACCGUUGGGUGAUCCGUGGCCGCUUUCACGAAGGCGACGAUCGAUUUCCAGAGGAGCACCGCAAUAAGCAAGCCACGCCAGCUUCUAUCGCUGCCAUAGCUAUGGCGCACAUCGUGGAACCGUCAUCCUGGACCCCUGAUGAUAUCGACGAGACUCUAAUCCGCGGUGACAUUCUGUACCAAAAUACUAUGGAACAUCUCGAACGUAUGGGUAUUAAUGUUGAUUCCCCCAAGAAUACAGAAGAAGCAGGUGAAGAAGAAGUAGCAACAUUGAGUGGGGCACUAGCGGCAGCUGAUGUACUCACCAAGUUUAAAAUUUCCGAGUACGAUUGUAUCGAAGCUGAUGUUUUGGAUAGUCAGUAUAGUGGUCAACUAAACCCUGACGAAUCCAGCGGCAUAAUGUCCUUGAAAGAUUCCCUGAGACAACUAUUUAAAGAACACACUCACGCUAUAGUAACUGCCAGAGGUGGCUCUACAGCAAUAUGGAUGCAAGACGAUCACAUGUAUUUUUUUGAUCCUCAUGGUUGCGAUGAAAAUGGGAACCCAUCUGAAGAGCCACGUGCUGCUGCUUGCCUGGUUCGAAUAAAAGGUCAAGUUGACGAAUUAGCUAAUGUUAUCAUGGGAAACCUUGCCCCUGGUGUUGAUGAUAGUUUCAAUAUAUCUCCAGUAGCUAUAACAGCGACUAAGCUAAACACAGCAUUGGGAGUGCCAGAAACUAAAUUAGAAAGUAAAGAUUUUGGAUGGAUCAGCAAAGGUACAGCUGCUAUCAUGAUGGGUCCACGAGGUGAGAAUACCGCAAUUGGUAAAGCUGCAGAAAAAGCUGGCAUUGGGGAAGACGACAAGGCAGGUCGUAUUAUUGCAUUGCCUGCGGCAGCUGCUUUCGCUGCAACUACAGAUUCCGUGCCUCCUCCACAUAUGCACCAAGAUCAUAUCUACAAUUUUCUGGAUGCUGGCGCCGAUUACUAUCUCAAUCAUGUAAAGAAGACAGGUCGCAAAGAAGUAUUGCCUGAGGAUCUGACAGAAAAAUUCGAAAUGGGAGCCAACACUUUCUCCAUAGAGCUUGGUGAACCGACUAAGUUGCCUCUAAGGCUGCCUGAUGAACCUGAGGGGGAGGGAGAUGAAGAAGCCGCUCAGAGAGACGAAAUUGGUGAAGGGUUAGAAGAGGAAGAAAAAGAAGAACCAAUGAGACAAAUAAAGGAUGCUCUCUUUAAAAUGUGGUACGACCAAACGAAAUCCACUUCCGUGGCCCUCCUUGUUGGUGAUUACCAUCAGUUAGGUGUGUGGAUGUCGCCGGGAGGAAAGGUGGUCGCUUUCGACCCUGCUCCUACUCUAACCAAAGGAUUACUCACACCACAAAGAAUUAAAAAAGGUGAUGAAAUCAGACUUCAACGUUUGAAAGAAGAAAUGACCGGUGAAGGUGAUGAUGACGUCGAUGAGGAGGGUGAUGAAGAAGCUAGUGGAGAAGGUGAAGAGACACCCGAACCGGAGCCUGAGUCUGUGCCUCCAGAAUCCUGCCCAGCUUUGAUGGUGUUCGCCAGUCCUGGAGAAUUCAUUGAUAAACUAACACUUCAAGGCGGGCUCGAUAAGAAGCAAUGCCUAGCACCGUACAAAUUAUACCCUGUGAAAAUAACCAAUGAGUUAACUUCACUGCUCAAGGAAAAACGAUCUUUACCUAAAAAAAGUGAUGAAGAGGGUGCUGGGGAUGAAGAAGUUGAUGAAGAAGCCUUGGUAGAAUCACUAAACGAUGUUGCUAUAGGCAAGUAUUUCACCAGACUCGGACGAGCAGUUGCCUCGCUACGAGGCAGGGUUGCACAAAACGAAAACUAUUUUAUGGAUCAACCUAAUAGAGAUAACCAGGAUGUAACCAAUUCCAUAAUGGGGAUAGUUGUGGAACAUAUUGAACCAUACAUCCACUGGAAACCAGAGUUGAUUGAUGCAAUACUUAAAUAUGGAGAUAGACUGUACACUAGCUCAUUACCCAAAGCUUCAGAGCCUCCUAAACUACAAACUACUGAAGUUGAAAAGGAAUUUCAUGUCACUAGCUUUAAUGUGAAGCUAGAUGUAGAACCAAAUGUCGUGAACGGUGAUAUAAAGGCAAGCGAGUUUGACGGGGUAUUGAAUUUGAAGAGAGGACUCAAUAAAUUCUUUGAAGCGAACAAAUAUGGAGUACUUUGUGCGAAAAACUACUGCGUGGGUAUAUGGAGAGCAGCUGAUGAUAAAACCUACUGUCUCUGGGACCCUCACUCUGUAGGUCCGGGUGGAAAAACCUCUCCUGGAGGUGCUGCAGCUUUAGUGUUAUUCUCAUCCAUUGACGAACUUGCGAAUACUUUCAAGAAUAAUGUGGAAGGACUAGGUAGACCUGGACCUAACAGAUUCGUAAUAUCCUCUGUCAAAGUACUUUGGGAGAUAUCUAAGACACCCGGUGGUGUAACAACACAAGGAGCUGUACCUGAUGAAGGGUACGAGUGGAAGGUCCUCACCGCUUACGUAGAAAUGGCGCGAGGCAGAACUAUUCUGAGAGGAACAAGACCUCCAGACCUCGUCAAGUUUACUCGGGACGCUCUCCUUCAGUCUGCUUGUGGGGCUAUCGUAGCAGCUUGCAUGUCAUACAUACGUCGUCCACAUCUAUGGACCAGGAACACAGUGGAUGAGAUCAUGGCAGUGGGGUGCCAAUUGUUUUCUGCUUCAUUAGCCUCUUUAGGAUACGAGUUCCGACCUGGAGAGGAUGUCUUGUUGCCGUUACAGGUGUUGAAGCGUUUUGUACUAGGUGUGAACUACGUUCGGUAUGAUCUUGAUGCUGUGUACUCUGGGAAACUGGAGCAAAAGAAUCCAAGUGAAAUGACUGUUCGUUGUGCAUUAGAGCGUUUCUUCGAGUCUCACACCCACGGUAUACUGUGGUCUGUACCGCACGCAGUCGCCGUGUGGAGAGUUACUGGAGCCCCAGCGUUUUACAUGAUGGAACCCCAUGCUUGUGGUCCUACUGGCCUAAGAAUAGAUGCACAGGAUGACGGAGCAGCCUGUGUGCUUACGUUUACUUCGGCGAAGUUAAUGGCAUUCGCCUACCUUCAAAAUAUACCAGUAACCGAACGUCCAAAGCACGACUUUCAGCUCUACGCCAUGUCGGUAAUGGUGCAGCCUAUAAAGCCCAUGGGUGGGCUUGAACCGCCAUUGGUACAAGCGGUAUCGGGAGUAAGAGUUGUGCCAGCUACUAGCAAGGUUGGCAUUGAUGGCACUAAACGUCACGCGGAUGAGAAAGACAGAAAGCAUCCUCCAGGUAGCGCUACUUGCCUCGACGCCCAGCGAGCAGCUGAUAAAAAGGACAAAGAACAACAUAACCUAAAAGGUCAAAGAAACACAAGCGGGUGGUUAGUCCUCAGUGACGGUACGCAGUUCCUAUCAGCACAGCAUUCUAUGGCUUGUAAGAAAUUCCCCUAUGCAUCCAGGGGAAAUCAGGCUAUAGCAUGUGCUGUGAUGGCCGUUGCCAUGUCUCGCGUAGAAGAUGUCUGCCGAUGGUGCUCGUCGACUCUCGACCAGGUGCUAGAAAGUGGAGACCAGUUAUACCAGGACAGCUACUUACACUACCACCCACCUACGAAAAUACUAAACAUGCAGCAGAUUCUACGCAAGUUCUAUACGCCUGGUAAUUGGGUGUGUAGAGUAGUAAUAUACAAGCCUAGACAAAUGGGAAAUGUCGAUACUGAUCUCGUUCAGCAGGUAACGGAAUUCUUCAGAGAAGAAAAGUCUGGUGUAUUUGUCGCUGGGAGAGAUUUCGCUGUGGCGCUAUUUAGAACUCCAAGAGGGUACUAUAUGUUCGAUCCAGCCGAUAGGGACCGAUAUGGCCGCGCGGUGGCGCCACCCUGCCGUGGACGAGCGAGGGCAUGCUUUUCACAAUAUCCCAAUGUACAAUCUCUAGUUGAAAAAUUAGGACCCAAUAUACCGCCUGUUUUGAAUGAAGUGACAAAUGAUAAAGAUGAUAAAGAGGUACGCUUCGAAGAGUCAGCUAAUUUCGCGAUUUAUGGUAUGGACGUGACCAGCCUACGUAAACUGAAUCAACACGAACGGUAGACUUAUUUCUAAAUUAUAGUGUCUAUUUCACACUAACGGCCUUGCCCGCCCGUAUACGCACUAAGAAUAUGAUAUAAGUACACUACCUUCUAUCCAUCAUCAACCAAGUACUUAGUCUCUGUCACUUGGACAUUAUUGUACGAGUAUCGAACUAGUAAAGAUAUACCUGCA